AACAGUACGACCACUACAAACUUGCUUCAGACUCGACUUGGUCACAAUGGCCACUGAUCCCAAGACAGUUCUUGCCCCCCUAAACGGGCUAAUUCCGACUAUCCGUUGAUUGAUUCCGACCCGCACCUGAAACGAGUUUUUGGGUAUGCGAGACCUUCCGAUUAUGCUUUUGCUGGUGGAGCAGCUGCCGCAUCGCCACUAGCAUUCUGGGCUAUGGAAAGGGUAAGCCCAUCUCAUGUUGGGAGAGGAGGCUUCGCCCCUGUGAUGCGGCUAGCAACAGCAAUCGGCCUUAUUGGAGGUCUCCAUGUGCUCUACCAAAGAUCUUGCAAUCGCUUCUAUGGUUUCACCGAGAAUUCGAGAGAGGUUGAGAUGGAUACAAGAGAGAUGGUUGACAAGGUCAAGAGAGGUGAAUCUCUGUAUGGCACCUCCAAGGUGUCUGCUUAUCUGCAAGGAGUUGCAGCCAGGAACUCGCGAUAUUCAGAGUUAUUCAUUCAUGUUCUUCCCUGGUUCAACAUUGUAAACCAUGAUCAGCAUGGUGUGGACACAGCUAAGUACUAUCAGCAAGCUGAGCGUGAGCUCGAAGCGGAACGUUUGGCGAAGGCUGGUUCUGCGUGAAAAUAUCAUUGGUAUGGAUAAUCAAGUUGAGCCGUAACUUGCGCGGUCUGGUAUAUUUAUUUAUAGGUUUGGUGGAUAACACAAGCAUACGAGAACGUUCUCAUUUUACCUCUUGACCAUGGCCCUCCUAAGCUACAUGGUAGCGAUGGUUUUUUCACUAGCGCUGGUGGCAUUCC